UGAGGAAAUCUCAGAAGAAAAUAAUGAAGAUUAUAAUAUUGAUGAAACUGAUGAUGAAGAAAAUGAGGAUGAAGAUAAAGAUAAAGAUAUAAAUAAUAUGAUGCAAGUUAAUAUUGAAGAAGGAUUAA